CUUUGUUGAGUGUUUGUGCGCUUGUCACAUCUUUGAGCACUUCUUAGAAAAUUGUGGCAGUGUUUAGGGUAGAAUGGUUGUUUGGAAUUGACGCAGCAAAUAGGUUGAGGGCUUUGUCUUCGAAGGCUUUUCGGAGCAUGGAAAACAAAUCGGAGCCAGUCGGCAUUGCCGCCCUUGAGAAAAGAGAAACUGAUGGAUCCCAAAACAGAGCUGUGGGAAAUGGAGACAGUUCGGACCAUCAAAAAGAAAGAAAGACAGACGAGCCAAAACCGCAGACAUCAGACGAAAGUUGCCGCAAGAGAAAAGUUAAGCUUGAAAGCAGUGAAAAAGUUCACAAAAGAAAACGAAUGCUUGUUCAGCGUUUGAAGCUGAGGUCUUUAAGAAAGAAACAUGAAGCGGCUAGAAGAAGUGCUCAGCAGUACGGUCCAAGUCUCACAGACUUGUCAGACGAGUUGCUGCUGGUGGUGUUGCGUUCACUGCCACCUCGCGACGUGCGCUCUCUUGGGCAAGUGUCAUCACGGUUCGUUAAUGUGGUUGCUGACCAUACGUUGUGGGUUUCUCCAGACUUCCGUCACCAGAGAGGAUUGUCUUGUGAUCAGUUCUGUGAGCAGUACUUGCCAUUCUUAGGGCCGUGGACAACUUCGGUGGCUACUCGAGGUCCUCUCCUGUCUCCAGAACCAGCAAGACUACUGCCGCGAGUCGGCGACUACUUGUCAGCGGAGUUCGUCGCCAGACUGGAGGCACGCUGCCCGAACCUGAAGGCGCUGGUGCUGCGGGACCACCGCAUCGACGCACGUGAGGUCUGCCCGGGCACGCUGCCGCGCCGCCUCGAGCGCCUCUCCUUCCGCCGCUGCGGCCUGGUGGGCACGCAGCCGGGCGACUCGUACUUCUCGGGCUUCCACACUGCACUCGCCCACCUGCAGGAACUGGAGCUCAACAGGUGCCCAUGGUUCUACUCACACUCACUGAUGGCACUGAGCAAGUGUGCUCACUUGAAGGUACUCCGCAUCACACAGUGUCCCGGCAUCGUCGACUCGCUCCCGUACAUCAGCCUCUCCUGCCGGUUUGGCUUCAAGAGCUUGGAGGUGCUGGACUUGAGGCAGACACCAGUGGGGGAUCCGGAGGUGAUGUGCUUCAGCCAGCUGCAGCGGCUGGAGGAGCUCUUGCUGGAGCGGCCGGGCGCCGUCGCGUCCGCCGUCGCCGACAGCUCGGACUCGUCGGACGGCAGCGACGCCGAGCUGCUGCCCUGCACCGCGGGCGCUUCCGCGGCCGGGCGGUGGCCCGUGCCGCGCUGCCGC